GGUCAAAGGAAACAAAAUGUUUUACUGCAGGGAACAGAAGAUUAGGGUAUCAGCACAGCAGGACCUAGACACUGUCUAAAAUAAUAAAGUGCCUUUUGGUGAACAGCAUUUUGUGGGACAACUUUGGCAACAAAUUCAUUGAAGAGAUGAAUUCUCAAGCUGUCAGACUGUUGUUGGCUGUUGCCAUUUGGAAAGUGAGAAAUACAGAAGGCAAAUGAAGAGCUGAUGGGAACAAGAGGAUCCUUUGAGGAUAACAAGGUCUUUAAUGUCCUUCUAAUGCUUCAGGGAACAAGCUUUAUUGAUGGAUUAAAGGGGACAUUCUGAGACAUCCUCCUCAAGUGGCUUUGGAACCAGAACAAAUGUUAGAUCACGUUCCAGUUAGGGAUCAUACUGAUUUCUGCUUCUUCUUCAAGACCUAGCUAAGUAUUUACACUUUGAAUGAGGGUGAAUUGGUCAGAUGAGAUUGGGAUUUUGGUGCCUUGUCCUUCUUGUUGUGGUGGAUUCUAACCCGGGGGUUAAAUGGUGCUGAUCACAGAGGACCCAGGUGGAGGUGGAGGGACGUUGAUAAAAGUUCAGCAGAAUGGGAUCUCUGGAGGCCAGGCGGGGGCCGUCAGGGGUCCUAGAAAUGAGGAGUUGGAGACGGUCGCAGGCGACGAAAAUGAGGAUCCUAAUGAGGGAGACAAUGACGACAACAACUAUUACGAUGACGACGACGAUGAUGUCUAUCAGGAAUUUGAAGAAUUUGACUUUGACACAUUGCCAGAUCUGCCAGAGGAUACCAGGAGUAUCGCCUCUGAUGACUCCUUCUAUCCACCUGAUGAGUCUCUCAAAUACAGGACUCCCAGCCCAGUCACCCCUGAACCUCUGUCCUUCUUCAAGGCCUGCUCCAAUAACAAUUCCAUCAUAGUGAAGAUUAUGAUAAGGCAAGGGGUGACAGAGGAGGAAGUGAGAGAAACAGAUAAGAACAACAGAGUAUGUUUGCGUUGUCAUUAAAGAGAUUAACUAGUCAAUGUUCUCUGUGAUUUAGAUUAUAUCCGUAUUAUCAAGACAAGGCCUACUGUACAAACGUAUAACAUGGUCUCUGUUUCAAUGUCCACACUAGCAUCCUACUUAGAAUUAAGUGUAUAAUGCUUUCUAUGUGGUAUGCUAGUAUGGACAUUGGAAUAUAGAUCUUUGUAAAGCAGGUUUCCACAAGAUCUCCACCGAUCAAGAAUAAGCUUUAUGGUGAUUUCAUAUGAAAGACAGCACACAUUUUAGGCUUUUUGCUCCCGUUUCUGCAUGAGACAGAAGUGUUUUGUACUAGACACCCAAACUGUGUCAUUUCUGUGGACAGUGACAAUAUCAGAGGAAUACUCAGAGCAGUUGGUUAAGCCCUGGAACAGAUGGGGGGGGGGGGGGGGGGGGGAUUCCAGUUUGAGAUGGCGUUGAAGCAGCUCGUAAUCAUGGCUGAGCUUUUAAAAGGUUCACCCAAGAUAUCAGGGUGCAGCAGUACAGUACUAAGAGGGGAUUGGUGCUUCAAAUCCCUUAUUCUACACACCAUUAAUGACCAUCAUGGCUACAUAACAGGUAGGGUUAGGCCUAAUGCAAUUUUGGAUGUGUUUCUCACUGCUGUAUCCUCAUCAGUGGUAAAGCAAUAAUACUAGGGAUAUAACACAGCAGCCUAUGCAUUCAGUGACUACUAUUGCACAAUAUUUUCAAAAUGUGUUGCAUGUAGAUUCCAGAUACAGUAGUUCCAUGAUUUCCCUCAGUAUCUGAUCAAGCUGAGAAACAAGGCUCACCCACUGACCUUUUUAUUCCCUUCUCACGCCUGUGAAGAGACAGACUAAUACAGUAUAAAUAAGUGGAGAAGUCUGCUGUCAUGCUAUACCUACAGUAAUGGCACAUGUGUCUGGAUGGAUAAAGGCAAAUGCCCUCAGUUGUUUCACGUUACAUCCUAUACUGGCAUGACAUGAGCCCUAAUGUGUAGUUUGUAUAGAUGUAAACAAACACACACACAGCAGUGUUUUUAAAUCAAACACACUCUGAAUGUGGACUGUUUGAGCAGAGUAAGACCUUACUUUGGCAAAUCUAAAACUGCACUUGUCUUUUUUCCAAUUGACCCAGACAGCUAGUGGGGCCAAGAUGUUCUCCUAUGGGUUGUUCAUAGAUGGGGUGUCGUUGUCAGAGACUUUCAGUUUUAAUUCCUUUUUGGUCCCAAAGAUUUGGUCUAGGCCUACCUCAGACCUUUACCUUAGCUGACUAUGUAAGCCAUAAGCAGUGAGAAUACUGGAAACUCUGCUGAUACUUCAGGUUUUCCUGAUUAGUGGGCAAAACUCUUUGUUUACAGUACACAUUUUGAGUUUUCUUCAGAUGGCUUAAUGGUGAUUGGUUGUACAGUAGCCUUAUUGACUGGGCAUUUCCCCAAAUCGAGAAACUGGGUCAUUGAGCCACUCUUAUAUACUGUUUACUAUACGGUCAUUAUGCUAUCUUACCAUAGGGCUGGUGGACUGUGAUUAGUACUGUAGGCAGCAGCAGGCAGAUGGCUCAGAAAGCUCUAGAAAGACUAUUAGCUGAGACUUAACUUGGAAUUCAGUUAGGGAUCAUUAGGCCUGUCAGUUGGGGAUCAUUAGGCCUGUCAGUUGGCAUCUCUGGCUAUACAUCACCCUCCAAGCGUAUACGUGUAUCAGUGUUGCUCCAAGCAUUUGUUUAUUUUGUUAGAUAGAUAGUUUAUAUUCUACCGUGUCAACACAAUUCUAACACCACGCACCUAGAGCUAGAGUAGCUGUUAACUUGCCUAAAAGAGCAGAGCUAUUGAUCCAAUUGACUCUGUGAAACAACCGUGGUGGCAUAAUGAGCACUGAGUCCACGGUCUUAAGACCAUAAGGCUCCAGGGAGUGUAACAGUGACAGAGUCUUGGGUGGGUGAACUUGCCUUGUGUCCUUAGUUUGCUACAUCGUCAUUCAUAAGCACUAGCAGCAGUCACGUCUGGACUUGUGUAUCUUUCUUGAGAUCUAAUGUAGACAAGUGACGUACUGGUAGUUGUGUGACGUACUAUACCUUAUGAGCAAGGUCAAAUGUUAGAGUUGAACAGUAUGGCACUGUGCGUCAACAGAUUGACCUUGAAGGCAGUAAACAUACAUUGUUAUCAUCCAAAAAGAGAGCUAUGUCACUGAUCUUUGCAUGUGGUUUGUGUUUUGCAGAAUGGGCUGAUAGUAGCCUGUUACAUGGGCUGGGUGGAUGUGGUCAUAGCACUCUCUCAGUGCCCCCACAUCGAUGUCAACUGGCAAGACAACGAGGGGAAUACAGCCCUCAUGACAGCUGCUCAAGCAGGUAAGAAUCCACAGCUGUUUUAAAGCUGAAGUUUUGUUGGUUCCUAGUACAGUAUAUUUUGGGAAUGUGUCAACACAAAUAUGAUUAUUCUAAAUGAAAACAGCCAGAUUAAGCAAACAGAUGUUUUGAUCUGGAAAUAAUGAGUUGAAUUCAACAUGUUUCAUUGUGAAUAAGGUGAAUAACACAUUUGGUUUAUUUUUCAAUGCCAGGUCACAUUAUGAUAUCCAGCUACUUGAUCAACUACUUCCCCAACCUGGACCUAGAGCGUAGGAACUGCCAUGGAUUCACCGCUAUGAUGAAGGCAGCCAUGCAAGGGAGGGCAGAUGUUGUUCGUUUGCUCAUGAUGUCAGGUAGAGCUAAAUAUUUAGUAUUUCUAUGUAAUUUUUACAAUAUUUACACCCCCAUUGGCCUGUACACUUAACAGUUCCCAUAAACAAAGAAAAUAAUAAAUUACAAUUGAAUAACAAUGCAUUUAAUGCCUCUCUCUAUCUGUGUAUUCCCUCUACUAGGAGCGGACGUGGAGGCGAGGGACUACGGGCGCAAGAUGACCUCCAGGGAGUGGGCUUUGUUCACAUGCCGCUACGAGACGGCCUACCUGAUGAUGCGUCUGAUGACCCAGCCUUGCGCCGAGCAGUUCUGUGACUCCUACAAGCUGGAGUGGCCCAUGUUGCAGGAGCUGGUGGCCCAACGCCAGGAACCCAAGAGUUGCUGGCAGAAGGUGGCAGACAAGGCCUGCUGCAGGUUCUCACUCCGCAUGAAGACGGACCCCGUGGACGAUGGUGUGAUGGACCACAUGGUGCGCAUCACCACCGCCCUGUCCAGCCCAUUGAUCGCCACUGCCUGCCACACUGUGGCCCCGAGAAGCCCGCCCUGCAUCGGGAAGCGGCGCUAUGCUGUACCGGAGAUCCUCAGGAAGCAGCGUGUGGACGAGCUUAAGCGCCUGGGCCCCGACCGUAUCAACAACUACCAGAAGCUGUUCAAUAACUCCCGGGUGCAGCUGGUUCCUAAGAAGAGGGACCGGAGGGCCAGCCUGCAGACCCAAAUGUUGCAGGAGGUUGCGGUGGCCGGUACGUCGGCCCUGAGGCGUGCCAGCUUGCUUCCCCUGAACAUGAUGAGGAGGAGCAGCGUCAGGCCGGGCAUUGUGGUCCCCAAGGUGAGGCUGUGCAAGGCCCCCUCCGGGCCUGCCUCCGAGAAGAGAUGGAAGAGCAAGGACCCUGCGCUCCUCCAGCUCCCCAAGUGGAGGUACAAACAGGCUAAGGAGGAGAGGAGGAGGCAAGAGGAGGAGAAGCAGAGACGUUUACCCACAGUGAGGAGACGGUGAAAGACUUGAGCUAUGAGGAGAGGUCAAAAACAAUUUCAGGAGCCUUGGUUAGGCAAGCCAACCUUUUAUUGCAAUUGGUUCUGAGCUGAGGAGUUGAAGUGAUCACCUGCAUUCGAGAUUUUAGGGACUUUGCCACUAGAUUAUACUGUAGCCAUGGAGCACCAUGUCUUCCUGUCCCACAUUGGGUACUCUGUUUCUGGCUUUUGACAGUGUUGGGACGGGAACACUUGGCUUGAACUGUGCACUCACUGUGAGGAAUUCAUACUUGAACUUUGAUACAGAUUUAUUUUUGUAUGUAUUCUUCAGAUCAUGACUAUGUUUGAUAUUUCCAUUGUAAAAGGAUAACUCACGCUCACACAAUAUUACCUCUGCACAUUGUUUAUUGUGUCAACGUAUCGGUCAGAGACCCCCCCAUAAUAUUGAUACCUACUGCAUAUUUAUGUUUGUCUGAAUGUUAAG